CAGCUGUACGACGAGUGUUUCCGCAAUUGGUUCGCCAAUAGUUACAUGACUGGGAAAUCUAGCAAAAAAGGAGAUCACGAAGAAUGUCAACAGUUGUAUGAAGAAUACACGGAUUGCGUUAAGAGAGGCAUGCGAGAAUAUGGACUGCAGUAUGAACAAAUUGCUGUGUUCCAUUUAAAUAAAGAUAGUAAAACCAAACCAAAAGCCAAUACAAAUUAGUACAAAACCAUAACGAUGAGUGAUUGCAAAGGAAACGACAACAGAAGCAGUCACAAAGAUAACGCGAAAGAAGAUGACAGUCCAAGCAAUUGUAGUCCACCAACAAAGUCGUUGGACGAAUACGACAACUUGUUGGAAGUAGAAAAAAAUUUGGACGACCAAUUAAAAGAAUUACAAUCAAAACAGAUUGAAAGGCAACAAGUCAUGAACGCUCUUCACGAGUACAACGACCUAAAGGACGCAGCUCAGAUUGUGUUGGGCAGGUUGGCUUGUUUGGAAGGUACGACCGUCGCUCACAUUCAUCGUCAAUACGGCAUUGAAGACGACGAGUAAUACAUACACUUUGUUAUUACGUUGUCUUGAUAGAGCUAAAAAUUGUUAUACUUUUGUAAAAAAAAAAUACUUAAAAAUAUUAUAUUCUUUCCCUAGAUAUUUUUUAAUGAAUAUUAUUCCUUUUUAUUUUAUUAAAUCUAUUUCUAAUAGACUGUUUACAAUGUGUUCUAAUCAUUUAAUU